CCCGCUCAACCACGUUCAGCAUGCCGAAAGAAAAAGAUGCCGCCAUUUCUUCUGAGAGACGAAAGUCCUCCAAGCCUAUCAUGGAGAAAAGACGCCGAGCAAGGAUCAACGAAAGUCUCAACCAACUUAAGACACUCAUCCUGGACGCCCAGAAGAAAGACAGUUCGCGCCAAAACAAGUUGGAGAAGGCGGACAUCCUGGAGAUGACGGUCCGGUACUUCCGAGACAUGCGGAGACAUCAGCUGGCCCUGAGCGUUAGCGCCGACCCCAACACACACGGCAGGUACCGGGCAGGGUUUAACCACUGUACGACCGAGGUCUCCCGCUUCACCGAAGGAAUGGUGGACCCUCCGGUCCGACAGAGGUUACUGGGACACUUGGCCGGGCUCUCGCAGACCGUGGAGGACGCGGAGGUAAACCCUGGGCCGGCACCGUCGCCCCCAGUUCCGCCUGUUCAGUCUGCCUCGGCUACUACCGUGUCUGUAGCCGGGGCCAUACCAGUAGUCAGCCCGAAGGUCCAACUGACCCCGUGCCCGGGAGCGGGGAUUCAGUCUACGAUGUACGCCGGCGGGAUCCCCGUGGUGCCCGGGCAAGUAUCGGGCGGAGAGCCGGUGGUUGUUCUCCUGCCCAGCCAAGCCUUUCCAGGAGGACAAGUGCCGAGCCACGUCAUCCCCGUCUACGCGAACGCGACGCUGCUAACCCCCCAGCCGGGUACGCAGUUGUACGGACACGGGUCUACUACCACCGUACCGCCGCAGUCUCCCACACCGCAAAAUGGCCAUGUGGCUACGGGGGAGACGCCCGGCACCCCCGCCCAGAACUCCGCACACUGUCCGGGACAUCUCAUCAUCCAGUCCGAGAAAAUGUGGAGACCCUGGUAGUAUAGUACAUAAUACACGUAUCCCUCCAAACAUAACCUUGGAAAAGCAGAUGCUAUGUAAAACGUUUGCUAUG